AACCACCGUUUCAAAGUACUACAUGAAAUUAGAUUGGAUUGUGACCAAAUAGCACGAAUUGAUUUUCUUAACACGUAAUGAUCGGUAUAAGAAUCGCUAUUUACCUUUAUUUUCGUCCAAAUUCCAUAUGUUUCUCGACUACUCUGACCAAAAAAUGCAAAACUACUUAAUGCAACAUUUAAUUAAACAGCAAAUCCAACAGCCGUUAAAGGCGCCAAUAACAGCCUUGACUGACGCGGCGGCGGCGACACACAACAACACACGCACACCACACACAACGCUCUACGCCAAACUACAAAUAGUUGCGCUAAAAUGGCAAUAAAUACUUGCACAAGCUAAUUCACCAACAAAUGUUGUUAUUGUUGUUGCGCAAAUAAGGUGUUACUUUGGUCACGGCUGCUGUGUCAACAGAUGACGUUUGGCUUGCACUUGGCCAGUUGGCAGGCAUAAAUUAAUGAAAAUCCACUGAGGUGAGUGUGCGAAUGUGUGUUGCUGGCAACAUGUUGCUGAUAUAUGUAUACAGAGUAGUGUAUACAUGCUGCUACGAUUAAGCGCUGUUUGCAUUAAAAUGAUUUAUGCCAACGAAUUGACAUGGACACGGCCGGCACAGAGGCGUACAAAGGCGGAUCGGAUACAUACGAACAUAUAGUACAUACAUACAUAUGUGUGUGUUGCAAGUGCGCUUAUUAGCAAAAUUACUGAACUAUACUUGUAUGUAAAUGUGCUCUUAUGCAACUAAGUAUGCAAGCGUGGUAUUGCUGCCAGCGACAACAAUUGCAAGUUGUUUCAGGGUUUCAUCAAUCAAAAUACGUUAAGUCGGAUAGUAUUCAGAAAACCUCAGCAAAAGCCGGACACCAAUAUAACAGCAAUCUAAAGCAACAAAAUAAAAUAUGCAUGUAGAAGUAUUCCCCUGCAUCAACCCACUCCUACGAUUUCAAAUCGCAAAGCUAAAUAUCCAUUGAAAGGUACCCCAACGGAAGUUGUUUAAAUAUCAAGAGCUAAAUACUAUAGAUAAGUGAUAGAUGUUAAAAACAAAAAAAAAAAAACAGUGGAUAUGAUUUUAUCACUGCUCUGCGUAAUUGAAUUUCAUGGUAAAAAAUCGGGUAUCAGUAGAGCACGGCAACAAAUUCAUUAACGCUCGCAAAAACGAGAAAUAGAGAAAAUAUGAUUUAAAGCCAACACGCGCACGAACCAACGAUGAUAAGACAACAUUCAACCGAAGUAGAAACUUUUGCUGUCGGCACACACUAAGCAACAAUGUGGGAAAAUAAUGUGUAAAAGUGGGAUGGCUAUAUGCUUCACGCGCGACUGUACCAGCGAAUUGACAAAAGCUAAUAGCAAAACUGUACUUUUUUAUAUCGGGCAACCACACAUAUCGGUGAAUAAAUACGGACAUUGCGCGAGUAAUGAAUCACGUAGGCUUAAAUUCUGUGUGAAACACCUUUAUUAGGUUGGGUGUAGGUGAAAUUGCAGUUACAUUUGAAAAUAGAAAAUGUCUCGUGCUGGAAUUUGAAAUUGAAGGGAAUCACAGCUGGUAAGCUUGUCCACUAGCCACCGAUAAAAUAAUCAAAUAUAAACAGUGUGGGCGCUGUUAUCAAAAUUAGUAUUGCAUUGAUUUUUAUGGCCGCCGGUAGUGCCAUAAACCGGUGAUAAAAACCAAUGAGAAUUUCGAAAACUAAGAGAAAGAACGAGUGAAAGUGCGAAUAAAGUGAAGUGGCUAUCGAACAAAAAUCGACAAUAAUUUAAUUACUUCUAACAAAACAAAAGCAAAGUACAUAAGCGCCACUUGUUGAUUAGUGAUUAGAAAUACGUUUACUUAAAACGAACAAAAAUGCGAAGAAACGAGUUCGAAAACAGCACUUACAAUGCACAAAACACGCCUUCCGCAGCGGUUUAUGUGCAGAAUUCAACUUCCGAUCCCACAGUCAAUCCAUACGAGCGCACAGAGGUGGAAGAUUUGAAUAGCAGUCAGACUAUUGUCACCGAUUCAGAUACAGUUAGCAGCACACAACAACAAUUAAAUCCACUGCGACGCAUUUUCAUAUUGGAACCGCCCAUAUUUCUUCUGAAUUUCGCCACAUCACUAACAUCGGUGGUAUUUACCAAUCAAUUACUUUAUCAGUCCUGCAAAGUUACAUUUGGAUACAGCGAAGCCGAAUGCGAGCCAAUGUUGGGCAUUUCGAAUGCAACAAUAAAUCAUGACAUCGAAAAUCAAGUGCAGCCUUAUGUCUCACGCAUUAUAUUAGCCAAUUCAUUGGUUUCCAGUAUUAUACCCGCAGUACUAGCGCUUUUUAUUGGCGCGUGGUCUGAUCGUUUCGGACGCCGGCCGGUGCUUUUGAUUUCACUUAUUGGUAUUUUCCUGGGUUAUAUUGUCAGCUUUAUUUUGGCCAUGGUCUCCGCUGAAUCUCCCACUAAUCCAUGGCUGUAUGUUAUCGCACAAAUUCCCGCGGCAGUGACUGGCUCUUCCUGUGCUGUUAUGAUCGUCUGUUACUGUUAUAUCGCCGAUGUGGCGCCACCACAAUUAAAGGGUCUCAAAAUGGUCUUGAAUGAUGCUGCCAUCGGUGCUGGUUCCGUCACCGGCACACUGGCGGGCAGUGCACUCUUCGCACACACCAGCAUGCAAGUCGUAUUUGUCAUUUCGGCAGCAGCAAUACUGCUAGCCUUCGUAUAUAUCUACCGCGUGAACGAGGAGAGUUUGAAGGUGGCGCACACAACGCUGGGUUAUAAACUCUGCCAAUUCUUCAGCAUUAAUCAUGUGAUUGAUCUGGUGCGCACCUGCGUUGCCAGACGUGCCAAUUACAUGCGCACUUUCAUCUGGUUCUCCAUGAUCGCUUUGAUCAUAACCAAUUUCACAACGUCUGGUGAGGGCAACGUAUUCUACUUGUUCUUGCGCGCCAAAUUCGAUGUGACCGUGAGCCAGUACAGUGACUACAAUUCGAUUAGCGAUGCCAUACAAAUUAUCGGUGGCAUUAUUGCUGUUAUUGCAUUCAGAAAGUAUUUGCGGCUGUCUAUCGUCAGCAUGGCCAUGCUCUCUCUCCUCUCCGCGGUUGGUGAGAGCACAGUGCGUGCCGCCGCGCAGCAGUUCUGGGAAAUGUACCUCGCCACGGCGCUGGGCUUCAUGUCGGGCAUUAUUGCACCCAUGUUGCUGACAAUACUCGCCUUCGUCACGCCCACAAACGAAACCGGCAAGGUGUUCUCCGUCACUACUGCGCUGCAGACAAUCACACCGCUCGGCGCAUCGCCGCUUUAUACGAGUGUUUACGAUGCCACACUCUCCUCCUAUCCGGGCAUGUUCAAUAUUAUCAGCGCGUUGUUGUAUUUGCUUAGUUUUGUGCUCGUUACCGUGAUAUUAAUAGUAUCGAAACGCAAGGCGAUUACCGUUAGUCCUCCAAUUCCAUCCAGAGUAACAGCGCAUAAACUAUUUGAUUUUUUUUUUCUAAGUAAUCCCUCAAACGGUAGUGUUAUGUCGAUAAAACAAGAAACAAUAGCCGCUGAAAAAUUGCAGGCAAUCGAGGAGGAUAAUAAUAGUGAAGUAGCCUCGAGUAAAUCGGAUGGAAAGAGAAAGUUUACCGUGAUAGAACCUGCAUUGUUUCUAGUUUAUAUAGCGACAGCAUUGGCCGGUGCUGUGCUACAAAAUCAAGAACUUUAUCAAACUUGUGUUGCCGUUUACGAUUACGAUGAGGAAUUGUGCGAACCCAUGUUGGGAGUUAUACCCAAAAACGCGACAUCACAAGCCAUCGAAACCCAAGUGCAACCCUAUGUGGCCAGGAUUAUUAUGGCGAGUUCGCUGAUUAACAGCGUUUUGCCCGCAUUCCUCAGUUUAUUUAUUGGACCAUGGUCUGAUAAAUUUGGACGUAGACCUAUACUUGUAGCAACCUUUGCAGCGGCAUUUCUCGGACAUCUUAUAACGUCAAUAUUGGCGGGUAUAUCUAUGGCGACACCGAUAAAUCCUUGGAUCUACGUUAUAUCAUACAUACCACCAGCACUAACUGGUAGCAACUGUGCCCUGGUAGCGAUGGCAUUUUGUCUGGUUUCCGAUGUGUGUGAUGAGGGCGGCAGAGCUAGGCGCCUGUUCUUGGUUGAGGGUGCUAUGGGUAUUGGUACACUGGUUGGUAAUUUGAUAGCCAGUUCCAUACUGGCCGCAACUGGUACUAUCGGCGUAUUCGUAAUUGCCGCGAGUAUGGAUUUGGUAGCGCUACUUUAUAUCGCCAUCUUUAUAACCGAAAGUUUGAACGUGAAACACGAAAGAACUACGUCGCAUGUACGUGAGUUCUUCAAAUUCGAUUUGAUUAAGGAUCUGGUUAAAACUUGCCUGAAACGCAGACCGCACUAUGAUCGCGGCAUCAUUUGGUGUAUUAUGUUCGCCUUAAUUUCGACAACCUUUGUGCAGCAGGGUGAGGCGAAUUUACUUUAUCUGUUUCUACGCAACAAAUUCAAUCUCACGCUGCAAGAAUUCACCACUUUCACUGCGGCCGGCAUUGGUAUCAAAAUGAUUGGUUGUGCCAUCGUUUUGGUAUUAUUGCGUGUGGUAUUCAGCGCGCCUUUAACUGUGGUGGCUAUACUUGGCUUGUUGGGUAGCUUCGCCGACAGUUUAAUACGCGCUUUGGCUGAGAAGUUUUGGCAGAUGUAUGUGGCCGCGGUUGCGGGCUUCAUGGCUGGCAUUAACAGCCCCAUGUUGCAAGCGGUACUUGCAAGUUUGGUGGACCGCACAGAAAUCGGCAAAGUAUAUGCGGUAAUUACCUCACUGCAAACACUAUCACCUUUGGCGUCGUCGCCAAUCUACACUGGUAUUUACAACGCGACAUUGGUAUCAUCUCCGGGUGCCUUCUACUUUCUCAGCUGUGGUAUCUAUGCCGCAAACUUUUUGCUCAUAACGAUUAUAUACUUUAUGCAGCGUAAGAGUAGUUCCAGAGCAACGACGGCCAAUGAGUAUAAGCUCGGAUGCGCAGUUGUACGGAGUAAAUUUGUGCGCCUGGUUUUUGCUGAUUUAAAACGAAAUCUUAACUUAAACAAGCAACACACAAUGGCAGCGCGUCGGCCAACCUCGUUGAAUCUGAAUGCGCGACACUCGUUGACUUCUCUCGAGCAGUUCGUCUCCGAAGUUGGUACUGCAAUGCCGUUAACACCCACUACAACACCGGAAAUUACGCCGCUACCGUUAUUUCCAAUAAUCGAAACCAAAACAGCAGAAGCUGUAGCGAGUACCAAUAAUAAUGUGGCUUCAAAUAAUUCUGUGGAAAAAAAUAAAAGUACCGUGAUUGAGCCGGCAGUCUUUCUGGUUUACGCCGCCACAGCGAUGGCCGGUGCCGUUUUGCAGAAUCAACAACUCUAUCAGACCUGUCACGCUGUCUAUAAUUAUGAUAAAGUACUCUGUGAGCCAAUGUUGGGGGUUAUUGCCAAAAAUGAGACUUCCAAAGAAAUCGAAACCAAAGUGCAACCCUAUGUGGCCAACAUUAUAAUGACGAGUUCGGUGAUAAGCAGUGUUUUGCCGGCUUUCCUCAGUUUAUUUAUUGGACCUUGGUCGGAUAAGUUUGGACGCAGACCGGUGCUUGUAGCAACUUUUUCAGCGGCCUUCAUCGGACACUCUAUAACAACCAUUCUCGCAGCAAUAUCUCUGGCAACACCUUUGAAUCCAUGGGUUUAUAUAUUAUCGAAUGUACCGUUGGCUUUGACCGGUGGCACCUGCGCGUUAAUAACAAUGGUAUUCUGUCUAGUCUCCGACGUGUCGGACGAGGGCGGCAAGGCGAGACGUAUGUUUUUUGUGGAUGGCGCUUUGGGUAUUGGUACGCUUAUUGGCAAUGUGAUCAGCAGUUAUAUAUUGGCUGGAACCGGCACCAUAGGAGUAUUCAUCAUUGCUGCCAGUAUGGAUUUGCUAGCGUUGCUGUAUUUGCUCUUCUUCGUGGGCGAAAGUUUGAAGAUACAACACGAACGAAAAGAGUCAAACUUGCGAGAGUUCUUCAAGUUCGGCUUGAUUAAGGACUUAGUAAGGAGCUGUCUAAAACGCAGGCCACACUACGAUCGUGCCAUUAUUUGGUGUAUAAUGUUCACCUUGGUCACUACAACAUUUGUAAUGCAGGGUGAGUCCAAUGUUUUUUAUCUGUUCCUACGCAACAAAUUCAAUCUCACGCUGCAGCAAUUCACGACCUUUAAUGCCGUCACGAUCUGCAUUAAAAUGGUUGGUUGUGCUCUCAUUUUGAUAUUGUUGCGAGUGCUAUUCAAGGCACCUCUUACAGUUGUCGCCAUGCUUGGCUUGUUGGGUUGUCUCACCGACAGUUUAAUACGCUCAUUGGCGCAGGUAUUUUGGGAGAUGUACUUGGCCGCGACUUGUGGCUUCAUGGGCGGCAUUAACAGUCCGAUGUUGCAAGCGGUACUCGCAGGCUUGGUUGAAGCCACCGAAAUCGGUAAAAUCUAUGCUGUGAUCUCUUCAUUGCAAACACUUUCGCCGCUGGCUUCGGCGCCGGUUUACACCGGUAUUUACAGAGCGACACUGGAAUCAUAUCCUGGUGCGUUUUACCUGCUGAGUGCCGCAAUUUAUUGCAUCUGCUUUGUGCUUAUUACCGUCUUGUUUAUUAUGCAAAGAAUCGGUGCCAAAGCUGCCAAGCAACAGUCAACGGCUGAGGGAAAUGUUUAGCAGAAAUCUGCUAUUUGUACAAACAACUUGAUACCAAAACAAAAUUUUUAUAUAAAAAAGUAUAAAUAUUUUGACAGAAACCAGUAUUUACAUAUUUAUGUACUUGCAUGUAUGUAUGUAUAUGCGUGUGUCUGAGUAAUGAUUAAAUAGGCUUAAGAUCUGCUUUAAGUUCGCUAAACAUAAGUGCAUCUAUUUAGCUGAAUAUAAUAUCUGUAUAUAUGUAUGUAUGUAAAUAUGUAUGUUUAGAGUAAAAAAUUAAUUAAGAGAAAAUAUUUGUAGAUAUGAAUAUUAAUAUGCAUGUGGGUCUAUAUAGAACAAAACUAGAAAUUAUUUACAAAAAAAGUAAGUUGUCCAUACUCGUAUUAUUUAAAAUUCUAAAUAAAAUGAGGUAAGGCGGUGAGUUCAAACACAACUACGCAUAAAGUAUAAAAACAAA